AUGGACCUGGACCUGGACCUGGACCUGGGUCUAGAUGAUCCGAUUCCUACCACCGUCGUAACGAGCGUUACGCGGAAUUCGCCAAAUACUCCCGGUAGAACCUCCGACGUGCCGUCCAUCCAGGCAACCGGUGGAGUACGACUACCAAAGACAGCGGAAGAUGAUAAUCACAGCGAGCACAGUGACUCUGCCCCCGUACCAUCCCCUUCAUUCUCGGGCUUCCACUCCCAUUCCCACUCCGCGCGAUCGUCGCCCGGCGCGGGGAUCCGCAUCCGCCUAAAUGAAGCCGAUGAGGAAAGUCAUCUAGAGGGCCACACCCUCAUCGACGAGCAGCAAUCGAUGCUGGGCCAUACCCUGAUCGGUGAGCCGUCGACGCUAGGCGAUAGCAACCCGGAUGGCUCGGCAUUAUCAUUCGCGUCGGCGUCCAUCAAUCAAUCCCACAUUCCGCCCAGCCGCCAGAUAAUCAACGAUUCCCUCCUCACUCCAUCACGCCAGUUUGGAGGAGACUCGAGUCAGAACUCACUUCUCGCUAGCCUGCACGCUCCUGAGUCUGCGAAUGAUGACAUCGACAACGACAACGAACCCAGCGCAGACUCGGGCGUAGCACUAGGCGAAGUCCAAAUCGAAACAAGACCAACACUUGCAACCGACGGCGUAGACGACGACCUCCUCCCAGACUUCAAUUUCGACCUAUCCCCAGAUGAAGACCGCGUCCUAAACGACGAAUCAAGCCUCCACCUCUCCCCGGGUCCCUCAUCAUCACCUACACACUCGCAAAGCUCACGCUCCCCCUCCGUCUCCUCCCGCAAACUCCCCACAAGCGCACAGCAAGAACCAGAAUCAAACUCAAGCCCAGACUCAGACCCCGCGAUCGCGAAACACUCGCGUUCACCGUCUCCGUUACUGAAAUCGUUAACGCCGCCGGCUGCGUCUGCGUCUGCAUCAACGAGAUCCCGAAAGCGAUCUUCUCGCACUUCGCAGAAAAAUUCUCAGGCCCCUGCUCCAGCGCAAAUUCAGCAGAUUUCCGACUACAUCGGUCUAACGCAGAAUUCCUCCCCGCUACCGCCACGGGAUACAUCGACGCCUCGGGCCGAAGCGACAACGGGCGCGAACAGCAACAGAAACAGCAUCGACAGCAGCCCUCCUCGUCCGCGCCGCACGCGCGCAUCGUCCAAGGCACAACUCCUCCAGUCAAUGUCGCAAUCCCCGAGCAAGAUUCCAAAGCGCAAGAAGAAUGCCAAGGAGAAGCGUGUUGAGAAGCGUCCUUCGCCGAAGAAACCCGAGUGGAGAUUUUGA